AUCGUUCAAAAUUACCACGAAUGCCGAUAGGUGUUGUUGCGACGUAUUAAUAAAAUUUCUCUGAAAGUCGUGUUAAUUUUGGAAUAAGAAAUCUAAUAUAACCGAAUCAAUAAUGGAGUCAGAAGUAGUGAAGGAAAAAAUACACACAGAACCAAUGCUGAACGACCCAAAAUACAUAACCUUACUUAGCUUGAUUGUGCUUAUUUUUACACUUGUAUUCUGGUGGUUAUUCUCCCGUCGCCGCCACCAGAGGCGCUCGGUGCUGCUCACAGGGCUCUCGGACUCGGGCAAGACCCUGCUUUUUGUCCGACUGGCCUACUCGCAGUACCGUCAGACUUUUACAUCUAUGAAGGAGAAUGUGGAAGACUAUGCUGUUGGUAGCAAAACCCUAAAGCUAGUCGAUUUGCCUGGGCAAGAGAGGCUGCGGAACAAGUUCUUCGACCAGUACAAGAGCAGCGCCAAAGGCAUCGUCUAUGUCAUUGACUCUGAGACAGUGCAGAAGGAGAUCAGAGAUGUCGCUGAGUAUUUGUACACCAUCCUCUCCGACCCCACAGUGCAGAGCAACUCUCCUCCGGUGCUCAUUCUGUGCAACAAGCAGGACUUACCUCUGGCCAAAGGCAGUCAGGUCAUAAAGGGAUUGUUGGAGAAGGAACUCAACCUAGUCCGGGUGACCAAGUCCAACCAGCUCCAGUCCGUGGACCCGUCCGUGUCCAACAGCGCCUACCUCGGCAAGCCGGGGAAACCGUUCGAGUUCUCACAACUUAGCAGCAAAAUUGAGGUGGUGGAGGGCUCAGCCAACGCGGACGACGACGAUGCGCCGACGCAGAUGAGCGCGCUGCAAGAAUGGAUCUCGAAACUUUAGGUUAUCACCUAUUUGUAUACGGACUACGUAAUUAAUGAUCAUAUCCCGAGCAACUCGAAGCGUUCACGAUUUGUAACAUUAUACAUUGGGUAAAUAUAUCAGAGCAUUUUGCCCUCUUACUUUUUUUGGACACAUUUUCGAUAUUUUUAUGGCAUUUUUGAUUGUCUGGUAGAAGUCCCUAUCCACAAAUAUCAAUCAAUUUGUGGACAGUUCAAAUUCAAUUCACAUUCAAAUUAAAAUUUAAAUCUUUUUCUCUGCAAGUAAGCCUAAAGCCAAAGGGGUCUUUCACAAGUCCAUACAACACAACAGUUACAACAUACACGGUGGCUAAAAAAUAAGUGCAUCCCCGUUGCCAGGGAGGUUUUGGGAUUAUACUGAGCAUCUUUUACUAUGAGAGCAACCCCGAAAUCGCGAAAAAAAAUUUGGCUGUUUCAUACAUUUUGGCUGGUCCAUUUUCUAUGGGAGGGUAAUUUUUUUUCGCCAUUUCGUGGUUGGUCCCAUAGUAAAAGUUGCUCAGUAUUGCCAAAACCUCCUGGCAACGGGAAUGCACUUAUUUUUUAGCCAGCCUGUAUAGUUAGUUACAUGACAAAUACAUAACAACAUUUAUUUUCAACAGCUUACCUGAGUAAACAUUACAUAUUAAUAAUCUUAAACUACAUAAUUACUACAAUAUAACAGUCUAUAUAGUUAAUUAUACAUUUUUGGAGAUGUAAAAUAUCAGAGAAAAUACUAAUAAGAUUUUGAGUUGUAAAGUUUCUCCAAGCGUCAAAAUGUGUCCAAAGAAAUUAGGCGCUUGAAACGCCUGAUAAAUUUUAUACGAUAUUUUAAGUGAUAAUUUAUGUUAUUUUAAGUGAAAAUAUCCUAUUGGCUGUCUGUCCGACAGUGGCGCCCGCCUCGCGGCUAUACGACACGAGUAAUUUGAUAACUGACACAUAUUUUAUUAUAAAACUUCGGAGCCGUAUAGUUUUCAUAAAAUUACUUGUCAACUAUAAAAUGUACCCAAAUAAGCGCCAGGCGGCGUUACUGUCGUGCACAUAGCUGAUAUGAAUGGCUUCUUUACUCCCAAGGCGAGCGUGCGUGAAAUACAGAGGGGCCUUGUUUAUUGUACGUGUCAAUAACAACUUUGAAUUUCCAAUUUAAGCCACUAGAUGGCAGACCAACACAUACGGUCGCUAAAGAAAGGACGCUUAAGGUAUGGUUUCCUAGGAAAGCGGUGGAUGACGUCACUAGGACGUUCUCACGAAAACUUGAACGAUAAAAGUUUUCUCCCAUACAAAAAUCAGGGACACACCAUUUUUGUAUUUUUCUGCUGCGUUACCAUAGAAAAUGUAACUUAACUGAUCAAGUUGUUAAUUUUAAUGUGUUAAUUAAAUAAGGUGCGUUGGAGUAAGGUCGAAAGGGCCCCUCAUGCGGGGCAAGAUGAAAAGUCGCCCGUAAUGCUUCGGCAUACGGACGAUUUUUGGUCUUACCCCUCAUGAAAAACCCCCUUCAAUCUAACCCAACACACCUUAUCUAAUAAUGGCCUUGUAAACAAAAAAGUAAAAAAAUCAACAUGGUUUAUGUAAAAUCGAUUUUUCUUUGCUAGGGAGUGUAAAACACGAAGUGUUCUAAAUUUUAUAAUGUUAAGAGCGCUAAGACAACGUUUUGAAAGUAUUUUUGUAUUUCGGUGAUUUUAUUAUAAAAAUUGUUGAAUGUAUGGUUGAAUGUAUGGUCAGCUUUUAAUGCAUUUAUUCGGAAGAUAUUGUCGAGCAAAAUUUUAAAUAAAGCUUGCUUUAAUA